AUGACAUUAAAAGUUGAUGACCAAGGUUUUGUAAAGGUGACCCAUAUCCAGAACAACAGUCCGAUUGGCCGAAAUGGAAUCAUUAAGGUUGGUGACUAUAUUUUGUCAGUCAACAACACAGACAUUGUUGGACAGAGUGACUCUAGGGUGCAGCAAAUUCUGCGGCUUCUGCCACGUGGUCUGAUCAAAGUAGUAGCUUCUGCAGUUCCCAUCUCAGAUUGGAAGCCAUUUACUGAAGAUGCUGAGAAGUCGUCAGUUGGAAGCUCAGGCACAAGUUUGGUCCCUGUUUCUCUUACUACUCCAAUAAAGAUGUCUGACAGCUUCAGCUUGAACUUGUCAGGACGCGGCUUUAAUUCAAAGACAGCAUUAGAAAAGAAGCCAUCAUUAUCUUUCUCUUCUGCUCUUAAUGUAUUCUCCAAAGACCAAUCAUCAGACUCUGCAAAACAAUCACCGCCACCAACUGUCCCCUCUAUUCCAACAUCAACUAAUGAAUCUCGGGUUUCAGCUGGGUUAAUAAGUCCAGUUCCUUUCCGACGAAGUGUGUCAUCUUCAGAUGCUCAUUCAAAAAUUACCAGUUAUCCAGAAGUUUCCUCAGUGGAAUCACAUGUGUGUCUACAAGAAACAAAUGAGAUGGAAGAGAAAGAAAAAACGCCAAUAUCACCAGUUCCAGUGACAAGAACAGCCUCUCUGUUAACGAAAAGAGUGGACAAAGUUGAAACGCCACCUUCACCAGUGUCCCUUCAGCCAUCUACAACUUUGACUGGAAAUGAACAAACAGAUCACGAAGCACCUCUUAUUGUGAAAUCUUCACUUACUCUCUCUUCUGCAGCCAAAACCCUGCCUCAGGAAGAAACUAAAUUGUCAGCUUCUGUAAGCAAUCUAAAAAAGAAGCCUUUGCAUUUUUGCCAAGAUGGUUUGGAGGUGCUUUCAAGCAUGUCAAAUGCUUAUGAAGAGGAAAAAGUGCAGAAUUGUUUGCCGUCAUCAGUUGAAAAGUUACCCGAAGUAAAGUCGGAAAUAGCUAUCUCAUCAUCACCCCAGAGAGCUGUAUUCUCUACCAAAGGUGUGCUUAGUGCAUCUAAAAUAAUAGCUGAAAGGCAAAAACCAACUUCACCAAUCGAUACCUUUUCCUCCUCGCCACUCUUGCCUGAAGUUGGCAAGAAAAGUCCACUUUUGGCUUCUACUGUACAACCAGUUUUGUCAUCGAAAAAUGUGACAGAAAAUUUGGUUUCUUCACCUUCAGCCUCUCAGUCGACUUACUACUUAGAAACAAUGCACAAUGAUUCUGCUCAGACAUCCCCUACCAGUCUCUCCCCUCGCAGAUUUGGUUCAACAAAUAGGAAGCUGCCUGAUAUUUUUCAGGAUUCCAACACAUUCAAAUCUUUGAGUUCACCAACCAGGAAUAAGUCAUUUCUGGAAGAAUUGGCCCCAAGUGAAAGUGUCCCAAUAGAAAAAAAUGUUUUAGAACACGAAGACAAGAAAGUUAAAGAGAUUUCUAAAUUAGAAGUCUCACCAUCACAGACAGUCAGAGCAGAACCGAAAAUGACAUCUGAUCCCAAAUUCAAGAGCCAUAGUAUUGAAAUCAUAGAAAAUGUUCCCAAAGUUGAAGUUGCUGUCUCGCAAUGUAUUAAUAUUGAGCCUACAAAAGCAUCUGCAUUGCUAUCAGAAGUGAAGGCUGAAAAACAAAGUGUACAAGUAAUGGAAGAUGUCUCCAAACCAGAAGUAGCUGUAUCACAGUUUAUUGGUAUUAGACCAACAACAGCUACAGAUUUACCUGAAAAAGUAAAAAAACACCAUGCAGCAGCAGUAGUGGAAGAGAUUGCUAAACCUGAAGUUGCCGUGUCUCAGUUUAUUGGGAUCAAGCCAACAACAGCAUCCGAUUUAUCAAAUGUUAAAGAAUUGAAAGAGAGUAAGGUAGAGUUUUCAAAACCAGAUAAAGAUGCAUCAAAUGUAAAAGAACAGGAGCAGAAGAUUCCAGCUCCCAAAUCUGAAGUUGCCGUUUCAAAAUUUAUUGGCUUGCAACCAACUACAGCAACAAAACUUUCUGAACCUGUGAAAAGUUCACCAGCUUAUAAUGCCCCCAAAGAGCCAGAAAAACAGUCUCCACGCGACAAAGUCAAACUCACAUCAACAACCCAACCAGAUAUUGUGACAUCAGCUGAAACGGGAAGGCCUGCUCUGUUACGCUACAAAAGUACUGAUGCAACGCUACAACAUGUUCAAUCCCCUCUGCGAAAGAGUAGAAAUGAGGAUAGCCUUCCCACCAUUCAAAAUGAAAAGUCUGGGGCAGCAGGGCGUCGUCGGAUGGAGAAAACUCGACCAAGGAGUGAAAUCUUUUCCAAGGAGAUGCCUGGCAUCUUUAGCAAGAGAAAAUGGUGUAUCAGCACCAAAUCUGGCCAGACUAAUUUUGCAGUACCCUCUGAACCAGAGACAGUUGAUAGGGUUGUUCAGUUAGGGUUGAUUGACGAAGAUGACUUAAGCCAACUGCUCACAAGCGCUAACUUUGCAUUGGACAAAAUGUCAUUUUCAAAUAAUCAUGAAAUCCAUAUCGCAAUUCUGGAGAAAGAUGCAACUGAAAAGAUUGGAAUAAGGCUGAAGAAAGGAGAAAAACAAGAACUUGUGAUCAGUUUAUUAGAGCCAGAUGGUGCUGCCAUAAAACAGAAAUUCAUCCUUAUUGGAGAUUGCUUACUUCUGGUGAAUGGUAAACCUGCUUGGAAUCAGACAGUGAUGGAUAUGAAGGUGUGGCUGCAGACUAUUGAGACAAGGAUCAUCCUUGUUUUGGGUCGACAUCCAUUGGAUGGAGAAGAAAAUGAUUGUGAAUAUAUGGAUAUAAUCUUCCAUAAAACUGUCACUGGAAUUGGUUUCUGCCUGGAAGGAGGGGUCGGAUGUCCCUUGGGAGAUCGGCCUAUCUCGGUGAAGAGGAUUUUCAAAGGUGGACCUGCUGAGAAAGGUGGCCAGCUGAUGGUUGGUGAUGAGAUCCUUAAAGUUAAUGAUAUGGAUUUCCGAAAACAGCGUCAUUUUGUUGCUUGGAACCAUCUUAAGUUCCUGCCUGCGGGUGAAGUCAAAUUGCACAUUUGCCGUCGAAAGAGUCAGAAUGCAGGAAUGAAAGCUGUUCAACUUGAAGCAUCCAGCAAUGAUUCUGAGGCAGAUGUGUCUGCUUAA